AUGUAUCUAGCUGGGAGAUUGCUUUCUAAGCUCAACACAAACUCUUGUAAUCACUGCCUGAAAUCAUAUAUUCAAUCCCGUAAUCUUCUUUAUAAAGCCUCAUCUGAGCUUGUCGAAUCUCAACUAAAACAAGGCUUUAAUCUGAAAGAAAAUUUCCUCACAGAAGAAGAGGAGGAACAAAUACUUGGUGAGGUGAAUCAUAGGUUCCUAAGAAGGAAAUACAACUCUGGCCACUGGGAUGGAGCAAUAGUAUUAUACCGGGAAAUGGAAAAAUUGGAGUGGAACACACCUAACACCACCAUCAUGAACAAAUUUGAGGAGCAUGUUUUUGGGCGUAAAGACAGUUCUAUUUCCGCUACACAUGUACUUGAUCUUUCUGAAGAUGGUUACAUUAAACCGCACAUUGACAGUAUCAAGUUCUGUGGUGCCCUUGUUAGUGGUUUGUCCCUUUUAUCAGAUGCAGUAAUGAGACUACAGCUUGAUGAAGGUAAUUAUGCAGAUGUAUUGAUUCCUCGCUUUUCUGUGUACAUCAUGUCUGAUGAUAUAAGGUACAAAUACACUCAUGAAAUUUUGCCUAACGUUGCUGAAAUUUGUGGGCAGAAAGUCAAUAGGACGAGAAGAAUAACUGUUAUGAAACGAUCCUUGGAGUCAGAUCACAGUGUUACUGAUCCGUGAAAAUAGUGACAUCUCAGAGCAGCAA